AAUGGCAAAAAGACUUAAAAAAAGAAGAAGAAGAAGAAGAAGAAGAAGAAGAAGAAGAAGAAAGAAGACUCGGUGGCUUAAAGAGGUUGGGGAGAGAGUUUUACUUUUGGAGAAUAAGAGAAAUGCACACUGUGUUUGAAGAAUAGGGUAAAAACAUUGGCUAAGAUACAGUGAAAAUGUCAGUGAGUGUGUGUGUUGGCGAAUCAUAGGUUAUAACAACAAAUUGGAGCAGAUUGGGGCAGUUUUUGUUUAAAGUCUUUGGGCUUUUCAUUCUCUGAUUCCAACACAGAACACCUCAGCAUUCUAGAUUGCCCUUUCAUCACAAAUUCCCUGUGUUUCCUCCAGAAUAUUUUCAAAAUGGGCAAUUUCCAUGUCAAGGAAUUUCCGCUUCCUCCCUGAACUAAGAUUUCCCGAUAUCCUUCAAGGAUCAAGAAUGGGGCUGGGCACACAAAAUGUGCUAAGGAAAGAAUGUUUGGAUUGAACUGAAACCCUGCAGAACGUGGUCUAUUUAGAGGCACUGAGUUUGGCCUCUGGGAGAAUACUUGCCUCGGGUUGGCCCACUUAGCAGUGAACAGCAAUGGGCCAAAGGACACAGACCAAGUUUCAGAAUGGCAAAUCAAAGGCUUCAAAAACUAGCCCAGUUGAAUUUGAGAAAGAAACAAUUGCUGAUAGUGAUGAGAUUUUGGAUGCAGUCGGGCAAUCAAAAUUUGUUCUAGGGAACCUUCACCAUUACACAGUCCAUCCAAAUUUGGCCCAGUACUAUGAGCCUUUGAAGCCCACUGCACUGCAUAAAUUCCUGGCUCGAAACAAGAAAAUCCAAGGCUUCACGUUAAAAGUCACAGAGUUUGAUCAGGAUAAAACCAUACUGAUUUUGACCAACAACCCACUUCCCUGCCCAAUCGACCAUCAUGGCAAAGACAUCCCACCAAAAUACUUUUCCAAGGAGUUAUUGCUCAAGGAAAGCAAUCAGCUCAAACCCACUGGGAACUACCUACCCCUGAUGUCUCAGAAAAAAAAGCUGAAACCAGUCUUUCCUGUGACACUGUUGGAGGAUCCUACAUCCAAACAUGAACAAUGGUUUAGGUUUUCCACAGACAAGGAUUUCAAGAGUGAGGGGAGGUAUUCAAAGUUCUAUGCUUUGAGAAGACAGAAAAAAAUGUAUCCUCAGCUCAACUUUGCUCCAGGCUGUAAAAGAGAUAUGAAGAAUGAUGUCUCCAAGAAGUCUGAGAGCGCCUUGCCAACUUCCCAAAUGAUCUGGGAACCAUUAACCCUUUCAUCGCUUCUGGAGGAGAAGCCCACCAGAACUGCACCAGGAGCGAGCACGUUCCGCAGUGGAAGGGCCCAGCAGUGGAUUAUAAAAAAUGCCACUGUUACUAAGUGAAAACAAACCCUUCCAUGCCCCUCGCUUCGUCUCCACAGACUGAAGGGCCUACAGAUGCCGUCAUCUAGGGCGUGCAACCAAAUAAACGAACUUACUGCUC